AUGGCCACCGAUAAUAAGGCAGCGCUUGUUCCUCCGAAGCGGGCCAUUACCGACUACCCGCUAAUUGAUUCCGACCCGCACUUGAAACGAGUCGUUGGCUAUGCCCGACCUUCUGAUUACGCCGUAGCCGGCGGAUUGGCUGCUGCUUCCCCGAUUGCGUUCUGGAUCAUGGAGAGGGUGAGCCCAUCCCAUGUCGGCAGAGGCGGCUUUGCUCCUGUCAUGCGACUAGCAACAGCAAUUGGUCUCGUCGGAGGUCUACAUAUAUUUUACCAGCGAUCCUGCAAUCGCUUCUACGGUUUCACAGAAAACACACGAGAAGUCGAAAUGGACAUGAGAGAAAUGGUAGGCAAGGUGAAAAGAGGGGAACCAUUAUACGGAACCUCCCAGGUUUCGCCAUACUUGCAGGGUGUUGCCGCCAGAAAUUCGCGUUAUUCUCAGCUCUUUAGCCAUGUCAUUCCAUGGAUCAAUAUUGUCAACCACGACCAACACGGAGUCGAUACUGCGAAAUAUUAUCAACAAGCGGAACGGGAGCUCGAAGCGGAGCCUCUAAAAUAGGUGUAUGGCUCGCUCCCAGUAUUGAUUGAACUAAAUAGUGACAAACAUUAACUUAUGCCCCAUGUUCCCUUCUAUUGCCGCAAACCUGUCGUUACUUAUAAUCAGAAUCUUCAAAUUCAGGCCGGUUUCGAGCCCAUCCAGGAUUGCGGACUUUACUGGGUCACGGUUCAUUGAGUAUGAGUCUGACUUCCCGAGACGCUGGUUUCAAAACUCGUUUUCAACUCACGGUUCUUCUUGGGCCGAGGCUUGGGUGCUGAACUGCAGUCAACGAGAGUAAUAUAGUCGAUAGCCGGAGUGUCAUACCAUUCUCGUUUUCCUGUAUAUAAAAGCGCCGCAGUAGCAUUAUAGCUUCUUCCUGAAAUAUCCCUCCGUGGACGGGAUACGGCGGGUCUAUUGAGGAGCUAACAGUACAUCUAUCAGUGACUAGAUUUCAUUGAUGAGGUCGAAUACGAACUCUGAGUGUAG